AUGCUUCGCUCAAUUAAUGCACGGAGAGCGAUACUCACGUCGAUUUUGUGCGAAUCAUAUCGUCUCAAUAACAUCGCUUUUCUACAGUUGGGGCCUAGUGGUAUAAACAAUUCAGAGCUCACUGUUGACGAGUGUCUUGCAUUUUUGCAAGCUGAAUCCAAGAGGCUAGAUGAGUGGCACUCCACACUUCUGCAGUCGGAACUCCCCAGCGAAUCAUUCUCGGGAUUUGUGGACUAUGAAAAAGAAGAGAUUCAUCCACUUGUGUUCAAAUCCCAUUUCUUUACAAUGAACUACGCCUACUAUGUUUGUUCUCGAAUCAUGCAAUGUACUGCGCUGUUUCGGGAACUACAGUCUACGCGCGAUCAAUCAUUUGGCACUGGCAGGAAAGAGGUUAAUUACUGGAUGACUAUCCUGGUUCGUAUUGCAUCUGGACUUGAUAAGCAGGAUUGCUUCAGGAACAAUGUUUACUCGGUCGGAGUUUCAAGUUUCCUUACUGCCUGUCUUCUUCGAUGUCACAAUAUAACGAUCGGGAGAUGGAUCGAGAACUUGCUGUAUGAAUGGACGACAUCACACAUCCUAGAAGAGGGAAGCUUUCCAAUUUCCCAGGCCCUGCAGGCUGUUCGACUGAUCAAUGAGGAGAAGCGGACCGAUAAUGACAUUUACGCAAUUGCGUUGCCCGAAGAUGAUGGUGGUGGCACCGGAAAGUACAUGUCGUAUCAUAGCCAGCAUUUUGACAAAAUUGUGAUCAUAGGGAGAAGAGGGAGGUCAGGGCGCUUAUAUUCUGGAUUGGUUGCAAUCAAUAUCGAUGGUUAA